CGACGUGCCAUGGGGGGAUCCAGGGUGCCGCCCGGGGUGAUGAGGGACUUAGUGGCAGCCACCAAUGAGGUCACUGGGGCACCAGCCAUACAGAAGUAAAAGUGAAUUUCCAUGGCUGGAAAGCAUUUGGGGGGUGUGGAUGCUUCCCUGUUUGGUUUUCACCUGAGUCAUUUUCCUUUCUGGUCCAGGAGCCUCCUGGAUGCCUGGAGCAGAAAGAAGGCGCUGGUGGCUGACAGCACCUUGGGGAGGAGCUGGAGAUUAGCCAGGAAAAAAGAACUGAACAAACGCUGGUUCCAAACCCGACAUAUAUCAGAACACCCCUGCUGGACUGAAAGCUGACCCAGGCACACAGCAGUGUGGGGCCGUGUAGGAGCUUCUGUCAGUUUCUGUCUCAUUGGACAAUGUCCUUUCAUUCAGGACACUGGACACGUCUUUUCAAAAUAAGCAGUCCAAGCCAUGGUGUCAGAAUCACAGUGGACACCUGAUGAGCCCCCCUGAGGUGGGUGCCUCAUCUCUGUCAACUCCUCACGUAGUAAAGUGCAUACAACUGUUACCAGGAAACACUGCAGCCAGGGCGCCACUCUGACUUGCUGUCUCACGUGGUUCUUAGGUGUCUUUUCAGAAUGCUCAGAGGCUCCUCUCAAGUUUCCUUGCAAUACAAGCCUCCUAAGGAUGUUGCCUACAAAUGGCCUCAAUUCCUCAUUUCUCCCUUCAAGUUAAAUAGGGAAUCCUCCAACCCGACAGCUGGGGAACUUGUUCAUCGGUGCAUUUAGUGCAGAGCAGUUGGCAGCAGUCUGCACGACAGGAGGAUUGACUCAGAGGCCGCGAGCGCAGGAGCCCAGGGGAGGGGAGGUUCCCGCCAGGGAUGAGCGGUCGUGUCCCGCUGGCAGAGAAAGCCCUGUCUGAAGGCUAUGCCCGGCUGCGGUACAGGGACACCUCCCUACUCAUCUGGCAACAGCAGCAGCAGAAGUUGGAGUCCGUGCCGCCUGGGACGUACCUGAGCAGGAGCCGAAGCAUGUGGUACUCACAAUAUGGAAAUGAGGCCAUCCUAGUCCGGGACAGAAACAAGCUGGAGGUCUCCCGGGACACGGGCCGCUCCAAGUUUUGCACAAUUAUGUAAUUCCAGUGUGAAAACCAGGGCCCAGGCGCCAAGCUGUGAGGAAAACAGGCCUGUGCUUCGUGCAGCCGUCUUGCUGAUUUCCAGGCCUUACUGGAAGACUCUGAAUAGUGACGGUGAAGACCAAGCUGUGCUGUAAGAACCCAAGAACCCCAGAAAGGGCUCCUGAGCCCUCCGCACAGCAUCGGUGUGACUUGUACAGACGUGGCUUCUGAACUCCGUUCUCAUUCUCCAGGCGCUGCAGGCCCGGCCCACCCCGGGGCACUGCCACAUGCUGCUUUUCUGUAGUGCUUCCAAAUACGUCAAGCAAGAGGGACACCCUGGUUACAAACAACCUUUUCAGAUUUUUCUAGGUUGAUUUUGGUAUCCACUUCUGCCUGGUAAGGAAUGGGUCAGAUGUAGAAAAAGGUGAAGGACUUGGCAUCGUGUGUGGUCGGAAAUCCACUGUGGGACUGGGAUGGAUUUAACUGAAAUGGGCGGCGGCAGCAGUAUUUCAACAGGAACUUGGCUGCACUUGCAUUUUGAGUCUAGUUACCAAAACACUCAUCAUGUGUAAUGCAUUGUGGUAGCUUCCCCAGUAGAUUCCAGGUACUCGAGGCUUGUGGUCAGGUGCAUCCAAGCAGCAUUGAGGAAACCAAAACUUACUCUUAAGUCCCUCAUCAUUCGCUUACAGUGAUUUCAGAUUUAUCACGUGGCUGAAGAAGGCAGGUUCUCCACUGACCUUCGAGCCCUUGCCUCUCUGUGCUCCGAGGCCGCCUCUCCCCACCAUCUGCAGGGGUUGAUGUGUGUUGGUCAUUACUGGGCACAGGCAGCCUCGGCCCACCUGUGUGGGCAGUGUUUGUGAGUCAUUUUAAAAGGGUGUGCUGUCUGCUGUCAUUAAAGUCUGCGUGGCUGUGCAAACAUGAAAGUGUCUUUUGUCAAAGCUGACUUUUCUAAAUAAAUAUCCUUUAGGACUCUC